AUGAAGUGGAUCGUGCUUGUUUUUGUGGUCGGUUGCAUGCUGAGUUUUGUCUCUGCCAACUCUAACAACUUCACGCCUAAGGUCGUGAAACCAAUAGCUAGAUUCAACAAUCCUACCCAAGACGGCAGUGAUAAUAAUUUGUGUGGCUGCCUAGAGAUCGUAGCCAGGAUUAAGAAGGUCGAAGAAAAUUUGUUGAAGCUUAUUCAGAAGCUGCGCAACAAACACAGUUCCCUUUACAGUGAACUACUCGACAUGAAGAAACACAUGAGAAGUGUGUCCUGGUACGUUGGUCAAACGUCGGAGGCUAGUCACCGCUUCAACGAACAGCUGUUGGGCGAUUCGAUCUCGCUGGCACAAAUCAUGCAUGCGAUCAGAGAUCUUACUAUCAAUCAGCAGAAUUCGGUAACAAAGACCUUCCUCACCGAAUCAUUUCUGGCUUUGGAAAAGCGUCAUGGAGAUUCCAAAGGUCCGACAUCUGUGGUCGAUAUCGUCUACGCAUCUUGUGACGAUUCGCGCAUCACACAAACUGGCACAUACUUGGUGCAGGAUGCAUUCGGUGAACCUACUAAAGUGAUUUGCGUGCUCGAAUUCCUACCGGGCGCAUACACCGUGAUCCAGAACCGCCAUGAAGGAUCGACCGAUUUCUAUCGCGGCUAUAGCGACUACAGAUCUGGCUUCGGAGAGUUCGAUGGCGGUGAUUACUGGUUGGGUCUGGACCGCAUCAACAACAUCACUGCUUCCGGUGACUACGAGUUAAUGAUCCUGCUGGAGGACUUCGAGAAGAAUGUGACCUACGCUCACUACGACAAUUUCGCCGUCGGAUCAGGCAAUGACUUUUAUCCAAUCACCAAGCUGGACGGAUACAGUGGUACUGCUGGAGAUUCCCUUCGUUCGUUGGUAGGUGUACUGUUCAGUGCUUACGAUCUCGAUGUGGAUUACAGCGAAGGUAACUGUGCCGUAUCGAACCGUGGUGCUUGGUGGUACACUGAUUGCGGUGAAAGCAAUUUGAACGGUUUCUACCUGAAGGGUCUGUCUAGUAGUACCACCGGUAUGUUCUGGGAGACUUUCCGCGGAGCAAACUACAGUCUGAAAAGCAGCCGUAUGAUGAUCAAACGCAAGGAAAUGGUAUCCACUACAGACGCUUCGACAGCGAUGUCUACCGAGAGUACUUCUAUGACAACUGGCGAAACUACCUCUAUAACGAGCAUGGGUGGAAAGCCAUUGGAGACCACGUCAGCUACAGUUACUGAAAGUUCCUCUACAGACGCUUCGCCAACCAUAUCUUCCGAAAGUACCGCUAGUACAACCACAUCUGGCGAAGCUACCUCUACAACUGCAGUGGCUGAAAGUGCAUCUACAACUUCAGGAAAUGCUGCUUCAUCAGCCAUGGCUUCGGAGUCUCAAAUGUUAGAUAUCACUGGCUCCUCCGGUGUUUCCGUAGGUAAUGUCGCCACGGAUAUGGUCAAUUGCAACUAUAAUUGCACGAUAUACUUGAGGGGAGAGUUUAUAAAGGUUUCCGAAUUACCACCCGAGCUCAUAAAUCUAGACUGUAAUGUUCCAAAGCCAGGCAUUCCUUGCUGUACGAAGCAUUGCUUGCCGAAAAAUUAG